AUGGCGCCGCAGCAGAAUAUCCCGCUCGCAGCCAACGUCCUCGGUUGGACAAAUUGGCGGACCAAGAAGACGGACGGUCUUCCCGGCGCCAUGAUGUAUUUAUGGUCCAUAUGCGGCGUCCCGUUCGGGGUAUACAACAUCGUCCAGGGGUUUAACUACCCCCUGCAGCUGCAGCCGCAGAUCUUUAUGAGUCUCUGCCUCGUAAACUGGUGUCAGAUAUUAUUUAAAUUUGUCCUCUGGAAGGUCAUCGCGAUAGGAUUAGCGAAUGCGGUAGCUUUUGCUGCCAUCGAGACGGUCUUGAUAGUAAAGUUACGACCACAAUACGAUGCCGGGGACGGAACGGGCGUUUUGGCCAUCGGUGUCGUCGCCAAUGUCCUGUUGGCGGCUGGCCUGCUGCCGCCGUACGGCGAGCUCUGGAAGCGGAAGGGAAGGGUUGUCGGGAUCAACUUCCUCUUCCUCACGAUGGACUGGCUAGGCGCGUUCUUCUCUCUCAUAUCGCUAGUGGCUCAGAACACUUUCGACAUCCUCGGCGGGGUGCUCUACAUCGUGUGCAUGUUUCUCGAGUCGGGCAUCUUCAUCUCCCACAUCAUAUGGCUCAUCCGCACGCGGAACAUCCGGAACGAAGCGGCUGCGAAAGGAAAGACCUUUGACGACGUCGCAGCUGAGUAUAAGAAGCAGGGCAUACCGUUCAAGUUCGCGGAGCGGGAGUAUGUGAGGCAGAAGAAGCCCAAAUUGAAUGGCAUAGAAAUGGGCGGUGGUGAUCGGAAGGCUCGCGGGAUUACCUCUCUGGGAGUUGGCAGCCAUGUGGAGCAAGAGGAUGCCUGCGGGCAGAGCACGCCGACGUCUAGCGUGGGAGUGUGGGAGAGACCAGAAGACUUCUCAGACACAACCGCGAAAAGGGGACGAGGGACGAGCAGAUUAGGGACAGGGUUAAAGGUAGAGAUAGGGUGAA